UUUGCCUACAUGAACUAUAGAGUCCCUCGGACAAGGAAGGAGAUUUUUGAAACCCUCAUCAAGGGCCUGCAGCGACUGGAGUACAGAGGCUAUGACUCAGCAGGUGUGGCAAUCGAUGGAAAUAAUAAUGAAGUCAAAGAAAGACAUAUCCAGCUAGUCAAGAAAAGAGGAAAAGUCAAGGCUCUUGACGAAGAACUGUACAAGCAAGAUAGCAUGGACCUAAAGGUGGAAUUUGAGACCCACUUCGGCAUUGCCCACACUCGCUGGGCCACCCAUGGGGUACCCAACGCUGUCAACAGCCACCCACAGCGCUCAGACAAAGGCAACGAAUUUGUUGUCAUACAUAAUGGAAUCAUCACAAACUACAAAGAUCUGAGGAAAUUUCUGGAAAGCAAAGGCUAUGAAUUUGAGUCAGAAACAGACACAGAGACCAUUGCAAAGCUGAUUAAAUAUGUGUUCGACAACAGAGAAACGGAGGAUAUUGGGUUUUCAACGCUGGUGGAAAGAGUCAUUCAGCAGUUGGAAGGUGCAUUCGCGUUGGUUUUCAAGAGCAUUCAUUACCCUGGAGAAGCUGUUGCCACAAGGAGAGGCAGCCCACUUCUCAUUGGCGUGAGGAGUAAAUACAAGCUCUCCACAGAACAGAUCCCAAUCUUAUAUCGCACAUGCAACAUUGAGAAUGUGAAGAAUAUCUGUAAAACAAGAAUGAAGAGGCUCGAUAGCUCCACCUGCCUCCAUGCUGUGGGCGAUAAAGCCGUCGAAUUCUUCUUUGCAUCUGAUGCAAGUGCUAUCAUAGAACAUACCAACCGGGUCAUCUUCCUUGAAGAUGACGACAUUGCAGCAGUGGCUGAUGGGAAGCUCUCCAUUCACCGGGUAAAGCGUUCAGCUACUGAUGAUCCAUCUCGAGCCAUCCAGACCUUACAGAUGGAAUUGCAGCAGAUCAUGAAAGGUAACUUCAGUGCAUUUAUGCAGAAAGAAAUCUUUGAGCAGCCCGAAUCUGUUUUCAAUACCAUGAGAGGCCGAGUGAAUUUUGAGACCAACACAGUGCUUCUGGGUGGUCUGAAGGACCACUUGAAGGAAAUUCGACGGUGCCGGCGGCUCAUUGUGAUUGGCUGUGGAACCAGUUAUCAUGCUGGAGUAGCUACACGGCAGGUCUUGGAAGAACUGACCGAGCUCCCAGUGAUGGUUGAACUUGCCAGUGACUUUCUGGACAGGAACACACCUGUGUUCAGAGAUGAUGUUUGCUUCUUCAUAAGCCAGUCAGGUGAGACUGCAGACACCCUUCUGGCGCUGCGCUACUGCAAGGACCGCCGGGCCCUGACCGUGGGUGUCACCAACACCGUGGGCAGCUCCAUCUCCCGCGAGACUGACUGUGGCAUCCACAUCAAUGCAGGCCCAGAGAUUGGCGUCGCCAGCACCAAGGCUUAUACCAGCCAGUUCGUUUCUCUGGUCAUGUUUGGUCUGAUGAUGUGUGAAGACCGUAUCUCAUUACAAAAUCGACGACAAGAGAUUAUCCGUGGCCUGAGAUCUUUACCUGAGCUGAUCAAGGAAGUCCUGUUGCUGGAUGAGAGGAUUCACGACCUGGCCCUGGAACUCUACACACAGAGGUCACUCCUGGUCAUGGGACGUGGCUAUAACUAUGCCACAUGCCUGGAGGGGGCACUGAAAAUUAAAGAGAUCACCUACAUGCACUCUGAAGGUAUCCUGGCUGGGGAGCUGAAGCAUGGGCCCCUGGCGCUGAUUGACAAGCAGAUGCCCGUCAUCAUGGUCAUCAUGAAGGACCCGUGCUUUGCCAAGUGCCAGAAUGCCCUGCAGCAAGUUACUGCCCGCCAGGGUCGCCCAAUUAUCCUGUGUUCCAAGGAUGACACUGAAAGUUCCAAGUUUGCAUAUAAAACCAUUGAGGUGCCUCACACUGUGGACUGCCUCCAGGGCAUCCUGAGCGUGAUUCCACUGCAGCUCCUCUCCUUCCACCUGGCUGUUCUACGAGGAUAUGAUGUUGACUUCCCCAGAAAUCUGGCCAAGUCUGUGACUGUGGAAUGAGGAGAGAGUCAAAAAGGCCAUCACCACAUUUAGUCAGGACCUGAACUAACGGCAAGGGCGCCAGUGGGAAGAAAAUGGGCAUUCUGCGUGUUCCAAGUAUGAUAUCCCAGUAGAGCUUGACAGCUUCGACGUGCCUUGUACCCAAGUGCUUUUGCUACAGCAAAUAACUGUUUCUCUGUGUCCUGAAGU